CCAGGCGAAACUCAUAUUGAUCGCAUGCCAAUGACAUAGUCUCCAUCAUCGACCUAACUGCAGCAGCACAACCGAGGCUCCCCAAUUCGGUAGAACGAUCGAGGAAAUGGGGCCCCCAACUUCUGUAUACCACCAAGAAUAUCUUUACCCGCGGAUUGGUAUAAGUUCAGCACAGCUGCUCGAGUUGAUUGGUUCGGCAGAUGUGAUACGAGGCGUUGGCGACCUUGGCUGCAUGUUCCAGGGCGUAUAGCCCUGCAUUGCACGCGUGAUCUACUAUGCACCGCGAGACAUACAUGUGCAGACCAGAUUCCCCCCCAAUUUGUACGUCACGUCGACAAUGGAGGGCGAAUUCAACAUGUUCGAUCCUGUCGUCGUCUCCUGUGUUCUAUUCGCCGUAUACUUCGUUGCUCGCUGCGUGCAUCGUCUCUAUUUACAUCCACUCGCGAAUGUACCAGGUCCCAAAAUUGCAGCUCUGACAUCAUUUCAUGAGCUAUGGUACGAUUGUUUCCAGGGAGGGGGUGGGCAGCAUGCAUUCAAGAUCCGCGAGAUGCAUGAUAUCCAUGGUCCCAUAAUCCGAAUCAACCCUUGGGAAGUCCAUAUAGAUGGAAGUGCAGACCCAGCGUUCUGGCAUGUCCUAUACUCGCAAUCGAACAAGCUGGAUAAAGAUGGCUGGUACUACAGCGGCUUUGGUGUGAGCACUGUUAGUACUCCAUCAAGCGAUGUUCAUCGUAUGCGACGAGGCGCACUCUCGAACUAUUUUUCACUGAGUCAUGUGCGCAAAUACGAACCCAUGGUCCAAGCACAAGUCUCCAAGCUCAUUGCCAGACUGGAAAAGUGCAGCAGUAAUAACGAAGUGAUUGAUCUCGCAAAUGCCUACCGGUGCUUGACAAUCGAUGUAGUCACUUCUUUUGCGGUGCCCGAGCCACGAAAGAUGCUCGAGCUAGAAGAUUUCGGGAAAGGAUUCAAUGGCACGAUGCGAGAUUUCUCCAAGCUCCUCACACUCCACAGACAUUUCAAAGUAGUUAUGCCUCUUGUCAAAGCCGUUCCAGACUGGCUAUUGCUCGCCAUGGACUCGUCGGGUACCGCUUUACAGGCCGUCGAAUUUGCGCGAAGCUUCGAAAAUCAAGCUCGCCUGACCGUGGAGCGUGAGGGGAAACCACCAUCUGGACAGGCGCCAUCGAUUCUCGAUACGAUCUACGGUGCACCCGAACUGGCACAAAAUGACAAGAUGAGCUCGUACAUGGUUCAAGAAUCCCAGAAUGUUGUCGGCGCGGGGACGGAAACCACCGCUGCGACUUUGACGACGCUCACUUACCAUCUUCUCUACAAUCGCGAUAUCUUGAACAGAUUAUUGAAAGAAUUAUCUGCCCACGCAGACAUCUCCACUGGGAGUUUUCAGUUGCGCACGACAGAACAACUCCCAUAUCUACAAGCAUGUAUCAACGAAGCGCUACGCAUAUCCAACCCCGUCACAGGACGCCUUCCGCGAUUAAAUCCGCGUGCACCAACAACGUACACCACCCUAGAUGGUAAAACAACAUACACGCUACCUCCCAACACGGUCAUGUCCAUGUCCAUGGCUGACCUCCACUUCAAUGCCUCCAUCUUUCCCUCGCCACGUACCUUCAAUCCAUCUCGCUGGCUCGAUAGCCCACCCGAGCACCUCAAAGCAAUGCACCGCUGUUUUGUUCCUUUUUCCAAGGGGAGUCGGUCUUGCCUGGGUAUGGAGGUGGCGAAGAUGGAGAUGACGCUGACGGUCGCGAACGUGUUCCACCGGCUGGGGAGCCGCAUGCAGUUGUGGGAGACGACGGAGAGGGAUGUGAAAUGGGCGCAUGAUUAUUUCGCGCCGUAUAUUCCAGUUGAUUCGAAAGGGUUGAGAGUGAAGAUUGGAAAUACCGCUUAA